UCAAAGCCGGUGUCGCGCAAGUAGCCCUCCAUCCGACCUUGGCGGAGGGCUACAUGCUCGUCAAGAGAGAGGGGGUCGCCGGCGUCGCUCCUCCGUCCUCGUCGGUCAGCUCGGUAAGUUCCCAGCUGCGUCCUGGAACUCCCGCUCCCUUGCAGGGCCACCCGGCGUCGCGGUUCGCGUCCGGCCUGCCGCCGGUAGAGUUGACCAGGGCGGCGGAGCAGUUCAACGGGGCGGCUGUUCCCGACCUCAACCGGACUGCUAGAAGCGGUGACUCCAGCUCGGGCGCGACACAGAAGACGCGCCAGGUGCCGGAGGAGAGCAUGCCACAGCCCCGCAUCCUGUUCGACGAAAUGGCGCCGGCUGCCCCGACGAUGGAUGACCCGGAGUAUUGGAAGGACCGUCGUGAGGCUGACAUCCAGGAAAUUAUCUUCGGCGGCGGCUUCGUUCGCGGUGAUCCGGCCGGGACCCCGCUGGAUGACUGGGAGCCAACGGCAGAUGAACGCGCGGAGGACAUCGAAACCGCACGCCUGUUCGCCACCCAGCAGACGCAGCCAACACCCGUGUCGGUGGACGACUUCGACGACGCGCCAACAAAGCCUGCGAAGAAGAAGGGGGAGAGCCAUAGGACACAAGGCUUCGUCGACGAGGAGGACAAGUGCUUGUGCGAAGCAUGGCUUGCAUCGAGCAAUGAUUGCAUUAAUGGCGCGCAGCAAAAGGGCAAGGUCUAUUGGGCCAAGUCUCGCAGCAGUACAACGAGACCAGGCGGCACCCGCCCUACAAUAUCACAAGCCCUCGGACGUUAGAGUCCCUCCGAAAAAGAUGGAACUACAUCAAGCAAGAGACAGCCAAGUUUUGCUCGGCGGUCGAACAUGCUAUUAACAACCCCGUAAGCGGCGCUGGCGUCAUGACAGUGGUAAACACGAUAGAACCAUCAUCAUUCAACACUAUGUGCAUCAUUGUAUGUACAUCAUUGGCGGCUAUGAAUGCAGGUAUCCCGCGCCUUGGAGAAGUUCAGGGCGACGCAUAAGAAGGGCUUCCAUAUGGUCCAUUGCUGGAACGUGCUCAAGAACGCCAACAAGUGGAUGACAAGCUAUGCGGCCUACAACGAAGCUGUGAGGAAUGGGACAGCGAUCAACCUCGACGGCGAGGACGACGAUCAAGGCCGUCCAGCCCUUCCACCUCGUCCACAAGGCCACAAGGCUACCAAGGCCGAUCUACAGCGGGAGGCGCAGGCCCUUGCGUUCACCAUGAGCAUGGAGAAGAUGAUGGCCGACAAUCAUGCCGCCAUGGAUGCUAGGGACGAGAAGAGGCGUCUGGAAAAAGAGGCCGCAGCUGCCAUCUACCACAACCUCGCCAAAGAGGUAAUUGAGGUCCAAAAGGCAGACGCCGAGGCCAAAUUGCUUGACGCCGAGGCUAGGAGGAUGGACGCCAAGGCCAAGAUCCUUGCGGAGGACACUAGGAUCAUGCUAGCCGACUUGAGCAGCGUCGACGACGACACCAGGGCCUGGUUCAUGAAGAGGCGCGCCGAAAUCCGCGCGCGAGACGCCUGAUCGCCAGCGCCAUGCGCCCAACACCUUGGCCUCCUUUUGGACAUUUUUAUUGCUGCACAGGCCUUGUUGUGCCCCUUUUGGUCUCCACUUUGCGCAGUCCGAUAUGCAAAGUGGGGUGAACUUGUUUCAGCCCUCAAAAUGCGGCUGUAAAUUUGGUGCAAAAGUUUAUGCGUGCUU